CAUGAAAUGGUUGUCGCUCCUCAAUUUGACGCUCUUAUUGGUGAGGAAUAUUUUGCUGAGUGAAUUUUAUAGAAAAGAUUCGUACUUUUAGAGCGUCAUGGCCACUACCUCGAGGAGGGACAAUCUUCUGAGAUUGACAAAAAAAUUGGAAGCAUUAAUUUCAAACCUGCAAUCUCCUGAAGUUAAAACGACAGUGCAAAUAAAACCAAAAACUGCGGCUCCCGGAUUUGUCAAUUUUGUCAAACCCGUGACAAUUUUGAAUCCAGCAGAUCCAAAUAAAAAGUACUGCACUGAAGCUGUCUGCCCAGAAUCAGACUGCAAAUUGGCGGAUCUUGUAAAAUUGGGAAAUCUCAGGAAGGCCGUACCGCUCCCAAAAAUCUACAGUUUGCGGAACAGCACCGUCAAAACGUACCUUUCCUUGUACAGAUACGAUUUCCACACGACUGUGAGAGAUUGUUGUUUGUACAAUUCAUCCCUGAUGGCAUUCACCUCGCCUGAGAUGCUCGAAACCUUUCAAAACACGUUGAAAUUGGAAAAAAGGUUGAAAGGGAUCUUUUGGCUGCGUGGUCUGUACUCGAAAGAAUGCAAUGCGCACGUCUGGUGCCCGGAAAAGGAAAUAAUCGGCGAGAAUGGUCCCAUGAAGUGGAGACGCGGAUUUCCAAAUCAGAAUUCCGGCGAUUGUCUCGCUGUGCAGACCGGCCAGCAGAACGAAGAGGAAAAUGGGCUUUUCAACUAUGAUUGCAGCCUGAAAACAAACUACGUGUGCUACGUGAUUAAUAAUUAA